GAAGGAGCUUCUGUCUGUGACUAGGCUUCAGAUGGAUUCACCAACGAAGCUUUACCCAUCCUGUGGCCCGGAACCUUCUCAGAUGGCCAGUGAAGAAAAUUCCCAGGGAGCCUCAGCUGCCUCUCGAACUAUCUCUGAAAUAUUAGUGAAGAACCUUCGUGAGUUGACUCUCGACCCUACCAUCAAACUCCCUUCCCCUCUCCCAGAAUAUCCAUCCCAAGAGGAGAGGGAGAAGAAGAAACCACAGGGACUUGUGGACCGAAUACUCAGCAACAGGAGGAGGACUGGAGUCAGGACGGUAUUAAGUGCAAGGAAAGAAAGGAUGGAAAGGCUAAUGUGGUUGGUUAUAAACCAUCGAUACUUCAAACAGCCUUCCAAGGAUGAACCAAGAGUGGAAAGGUUUAGAUGUAGAUGUCACUAUUGCCUGUAUCAUAAAGAUCCUUCUGAAGAUACCGAAACGGAGAUUGGUUAUGACAUGGAGUCGUUAUGA